GUUUGUUACACAUUGUGCGAGAUGGCAGCGGCAGUGCGCAGCAUGGCACUAAGUCAAAAUCUGCACAACAUUAUGCCGGCAAACUGUGGACUGCCGGCACUGCAGCAGAAACCGCUCGGAACGUCGCAGCUCACGAACAAUCCGGCCGCCCUGCUCGGCAAACAGCGACCACUAGCACCGGCCCCGUCCUCGGCAGCGGUGAUGGCCCACCGUGCCAAUGCGAAGGUGGUCCCCGGUGGACCCGCUGCUGGUGGGCCGGUAGUAAGCAGUACGAAGAAGUACGCGUACUGUGGAUUACCGUACGCAACGCCUCAGCAAUCAGCCUCAGUACAGCGCCGUAACGCUCGCGAACGUAACCGUGUCAAGCAGGUGAACAACGGAUUUGCGAACCUGCGCCAACACAUCCCAUCAACCGUGGUAACCGCACUGACGAACGGGACCCGUGGCGCGAACAAGAAGCUCAGCAAGGUGGACACCCUGCGGCUGGCGGUAGAGUACAUCCGGAGUUUGCAGCGCAUGCUGGACGAGAACGGUGGCGAGUUGGGUCCGGCCGCACCAACGAAGCAACAGAUCACCUCGGCCGUCAGCUCCAAUCAACUCUCGAACAGCUCGGUCUGUUCUGCGUCUUCCGGUGGUUCCACCUACUACGGUACGAUGUCCGAACCGUCGAACGCAUCGUCACCGGCACCGUCCCAUCUGUCGGAUCAUUCGUCGCAUGGUGGCGCACCCGGUGGAUGCUACGCACCGAUGGCCGGUGGCUUCAAGCACGAACCGUACGAUAUCUAUGUCGACCCGUCCAGCUCGCCCACGCCUUCGUUCGGCUCGGACCAUGGUAUCGGUGGCGUGACCUCCUCCGUACAUCUGCAUACGGGACACUCGACGGUACUGCCAUCGCCGACCGACAACAACAACUACAUCCUAUCGCAACACCAGCAGCAACAACAGCAGCAGCACCAGCCACCACAGCAUCACCAGCAGCAACACCAGCAGCAGUACCACAGCCACGCUCACCACAACACCGCCGUACAGUUCAAGACCGAGCUGUACGAUGACUCCCCGUACGAUGAGGAGCUUAGCCCGCAGAAUCCCGACGACGAGGAGCUGCUCGAUGCCAUCUCCUGGUGGCAGCAGCAGUAG